AUGAGAUUUUUUUUUCAGUUGUCCGGCGAUUGGACUCAAGUCGAGGUGAUUCGUCUCAGCACUGAGGUCAGUGAUCUUAUUCUUUUAUGCAGUUUUUUAAUUGAAAAAUUUUAUGUUUAGUUAGUUAUUUCUUUUUGAUUUUAGAACUUUCAAACAUAACUUUUUUUGCCAAUUUUUUAAUCAAUGAUUAUCGCCUUCGAAUUUUUAAAAAUAGUCCGAAUUUUCAAGAUUUCUUAAAAGAUUUGUGAAAGACACUUUUUACAACUAAAAACUCAAUUUUUCUUGACUUUUAAUAUUAAUACUUAAUUACAGGCAGAAAAAAAUAACGUGUACAAGAAUGGUUUUUAUGAAGAAAUAAUGGCUAUUAACUCUGAAAUAAAUAAUUAAAACAGAGACUUUUCUUCAGUCUGGCGGUCUUGGAUUCGGAAUCGUCGGCGGCACGAGCACCGGCGUCGUCGUCAAAACUAUAUUGCCAGGAAGCCCAGCGGACAAGGUUUUCUUUCCUUUCUUUCUUUUUUGAUUCAUGAAUUUCAAAAAUACUUGUAAAGUAAUCAACAAACAUUUUCAAUACCUUUUUUCAAACGCUGCAAGAAGGAAAAUUGUGGCGCCGAGUUGUCAUCAUUCCUUAAGAUACUAGACGUUUUCGCUAUACAGUGAAAUUCGUUUUCAAACAUAUCAAUUCAUGUUCAAAAUGACUACGAAAUGUGUCAUAAAAAUAGCCAUACGGCCAAUUUGUCCUUUUUUUUUUAGUUGUUUUCAUAUUCAGCUGGAGAGAAGCUUUCCUUUCAUAAUUGAGAUGAGAAGAAGUUCAACACAGUAGCUUCAGGAUGGACAUCUGCGACCCGGAGACCACAUCCUGCAGAUCGGCAACGUCAACACGAGCGGAAUGAGUAGCCAACAAGUCUUUUUUUCCGAUCGGAUGUGGAGAAUGAGGAGAGAUUCAGGUGGCGACCUUGCUCCGGAACCAGCACCCAGCCGUCGAGAUGAUUGUUGGCCGACCCAUCAACUACGCCGACAAACCUGUCGACACCGCUGGUUCGUUUCUUUUUCGGCUUGUUUUCAUUUUCGGUAAUUUUAUCUACAUUUUCAUCCAAUUUUUGUUUUAUACAACUACUAGUGUGAAGCGUACUUUGCAGAUCUGGCCUUUUUGUGAAACUAGAGGAACUACUACUAGAGAGUACUUUAAUGGGGAAAAAAAUUUUCUAACAGUUUGUAGGAGGUCAUUUUAUUUUGUGGCUGGGAAUGUCCAAAAAAUGAACCAGAACACUCCUUGAUGCACUAAAUGAAGAUCCUGAAAAUCUCAAUCCGCACAGCUUCCUAGUUUUUGAAACAUAUUCCUCAAAAUCAGAGAAGCCCCUUGAAAUCUGUAAAAAAAAAUAGGAUAUUUUUAGCCUUUGAGCACUUGUUUCUCAAAAACUAGGAAGUUUCAUACCUAUUUCUGCUACAUCUAAAUGUUUUGUUGUCAAAUAUCAGGAAAUUCUCAGCCACAGGGUAAAACGACCUUCUUUGUAAGAGAAUCGUAAGAAUCACGGAGAAAAAAUUGCAAGAAAAUCUCUAAACGUUUCGUUUGAUAUUUUGACAUCGAAAAAAUUUCAUUGAAAUUCCUAUUGGGAGCAGCAUAAGAGAUAUUUCUUCCAUCGGAAAUCAGUUUGAGUAUCAAGUCAAUGUGUAGAUCUAGUGUGUAGGUCAUCCCUGUCAACCUGUUAGCAUUAUCAUCAAUAAAAAACUUCGGAAGAAAGUUGAUAUUCGGAAGAGAUUUUAUGAAGUUUACAAAAAUAGUAGACACGUUUUCCUUCUUCCCACGACUUGAUUCAUGAGCUGGAGGAAGUUGCAUUGGAGUGGACUUCGAGGGUCUCAAAUGUGCUUGGGCAGAUCCGGCCUGCGGAAAUUCGGUUAGACCACCCUUUGGCCGGCUCGUCCUACUUAUUUGGCUCGUCUUGGCCAGUUGCAGCGACGAUGACGACGCCAAUCAUUCCGUUUCUGUCCCUCCAAGACCUCCCAUUCUUCUCGCGCUUUCCGUCUUUUUUUGCUUAUUUCUAAUUUUUUUAUUUCGCUUAUUUUUCAAUUUUUUUUCUCGGAUGAAGUUUUUUUUAAAAAGUUAUUGAGAUCAUCGUUCUUUCUCUUCAAGAAUCAAAAUUUAUUUGAAAAUUAUUCUCACUUCUACUUUUUCUGGGAGCUUCAUUUUUGUUUGAUCAUCAAAACCCAAUUAUUCCGACAAGCCAAUUUUUUCCUUUAAAACGAACUUUUGACCCAUGCGUCUCUGGCUUCAAGACUUUUCCCACACUUCCAACAGGACACGAAAGGAAAUUUACCACUGGCACAUUCUAAUUUGGAUUUCCUUUUGUCUACUCCCGAAAAAUAGCUCUCAAGCUUCUUUUUUCCUGCGGCCGCCUCAUCCGCUUUUCUUCUCGUCUUCUCGAAACUAUCGACUACUUUUUUUAUCUUCCUGAAAAACUAUUAAAUGUUCUGUUUGUUCACGAAAACGGAUAAGCAUUUCAAGGUUCUCUAGAUUACCAGUGUUAUUUUUUUCAAGUUAUCUAUUGAGAUAUGAAAUUUUCAACAUUAACUUUAAAAAACCCGAAUCAUUCAAUUUUUCGCUUCUUAAAAUUUUGCCUCUGUGAAUUUUUCCGAGAAACAAAUUUCACAUAUACUAGUAAAGUUGUUUUUUUAGGCCUCUCACGUGUCUUUUCCACACGAAAGCUCUAAUCUGCGAAGAGUUUAAGUCAUGAAAAUCUCCUUUCCUUUUAUUUCUUUCACCGGAAAGAAUUGCAGACUGCUUCACGAUUGCGACACGGGCCGCCUUGUGCGCCUCGACUCUCGAGGAGUCCAUUCAGCGGCAGGUAAACCACAAACUCUCGUUCCUUCUCCAGUUUAAAAAUCAGAUCGCCACGGCUUCUUCUGCCUCGACGACGGCAGUCAACCCGACGCCGUCGACGAUGUCGCCGUCACUGAGCUGCGCGCCGAUCGAAGAAGAAGACGUCGCGAGUGCCGACGUCAUAACAACAGCCACAAGACCUGCCGAGGCGCCACCGUCGCCGCCGAGGGCUUCGGUCGCAGAAGACGCUCAGGCGAGCACUUCAGAAUAUACGGGUCCGCCGCCACCUGUGCCGUCGUCCAUCGACCUCAGGUGUCUUUUCCCUCUAUUUUCUGAGCCUUUCCUUUUGGACAAAUCGGAAUGAAAAAGACGUGAUUUUCGCUUCAAAACAAUCUCAAAGGCCUUAUUUUUAUAAUCCUUCUCUGGACGUCAUGUUUACAAUUUUAGCCUUUUUUUAAACGGGAAGCACAAUAUAUAUUCAAAAAAAAAAACAGACUAUAAGUUCCGCUUCAUACUUUUUGAUUAAAAGUUCACUGUCAGAAAUCGGAUGUUUCGAAGAUCAAGAAUUAAUAUCGUACUCACAGAAAUUAUCAGAAAAUGGAUUUUGAGCCAUUCUUAUUUCUUUUAAGGACAUUUUCACUGAUUUUUUGAAGUUUCGCAUAGCAAACUACACCUUUGAAGUGAAAAAUAAAGUUUUCUAAUCACAAAAAGAGCAGCCAAUGCUCAGGUUUUACCUUGUAAAACUAAAUUUUUUCAGGAAACCAUGCGAUUGCGCUCCGUUUUACGUGCUGCGAGACCCGAGACGGCCGUCACAAGCCUCGACGUCGUCGCCCGCGUCCGAGAAGCCUUUCGACGUGACUUCGGAGAUGUCGACGGGCUCCGACGCCAAGGAGAACCACGACGGCAGCAAAUCCAACGGAGGCCGGCAGAUUUCACUCAAAUGCCUUCAAGAAAUGGUUAUAAAUUUUUUUCUUUACAAGUAAUUUUUUUCUGAAUCUUUGAACUCUGUUCGAAAAAAACUCACUCAUUUUUUUCAUAAAAUCUUCUGUUUUCCGAAAAAAAGAACUCUUACAGAAAUCUUGAAGUCAGUUUUGCGUUAUCAGAAAGCUCCCAAUGUUUACAAUUUUCGAAAUUAGAUUUAAUUUUUGGGUCAGUUUUUCUUCGCUUUGAUUUAUCUACAUAUAGCUGCUGCUCUAACUUUCAAUUCCUUGAAAAUUUUUCAAGUAUUAUUUCUCGUCAUGAUUGAGUUUUGCGCAGGCGUUGACGGUGUUUCUGCGAGAGAACUGGCAGAAGAGCAAGUUCGAGGCAAUCGAUGUGCUUCUUCUCCGAGAUCCCGCGCUUGGUUUGGGAAUCACUGUCGCCGGUUACGUCCAUAAGAAAGGUAGUUUUAUUUUCUUUUUUUAAACUCUUAAAAAGAUUGUAAUUUUUUAAAUGUUUAUAAUUUCAUGGGAAGUCCUUUUUGUAUCACUCAGUGAAACGCUAAAUUUUGUUUAAAUACUUUCUUUCGGAUCCCGACAACUUUUAGCUUUUUUUUUUCAAGCCCUGUCGCUGUUUUGCGGUUCAUAAAUUGGUGCGCGGGGGUCCUGCUUUGCUCAGAAUUAAAUUUGCUUCUGGCUUUUUCUGGCUGAAGGGAUGCGCCGUUUUCUGAGGGGAAAUGAAGAGAGAAGUUAUGCGGAGCGAUUGACUUUUUGCUCCUUCGACCAAACUUUUUGAAGACGCUCCAUCCAAUAGAAGAAUGCCCUUUUGGAACCACCUUUUCUGUUUUUUUUUUCUGUUUCGAGGGCUUCAAGCCAUUGAGAAAACUUCUUCGAAGCUCGAAAGCAAAUUUUCUCAGAUCAGUUAGCGCUAGCUUCUUGCAAAAACCGCGUAUUUCAAUGAGGAUAAUUCUAAUACUUUCAUAAAAAUACAGUUUGCUGACUUUUUUGUGGCUAUUUUUUUUAUGCUGAUUUACUUUUUUUUUCAGUUUUUAAAUCGUGUCUCCUUUAAAUUUUGUUUGAAGUCAUUCUAUAAAUUUGGUUUCUUCUUAUUUUUUGAUAGAAACAGGUUUUAAAAUUCGCGAUCCGAUCGUUUCCAAAUAACAAAUUUUAAAUAUUCAGAAUAUUGUACAAAAAAAUGAAGGUUUGAGAAAAAUCUUCAUAAAGUACAGCAACUUUUUUUUCUGGAUGGUUUCCGAAAAGCUGGAAGUUGAUAGGUCCUUUCUUGUGAAUUCGCUCCAAUAAAAAGUUGGACCUAUCAAAUAAAUCACUCGUGGUUGGUGCUCGCCACACACGAAGUUCACACCUUUUUUCUCUCCUUUUUCCCUCGCUCAAUCUUUUUUUGCAGAAGAAAUCUCGGGCAUCUUCGUUAAGUCAUUAGUUCCGCGUUCGGCAGCCGCGUUAAGUGGUCAAAUCUGCGUUCACGAUCUCAUUCUCGAGGUUUUUUUUUAUCGUUUUAAAGAUAUUAUAUAGUCCAUUCUUCUUUUUUCAGGUGAACAACACUUCGCUGGAGCAUCUUUCCCACGCCGACUCGGUGAGAACUCUGGUGAAGUCGGGCGACGAGGUUCGGCUACGGCUCGUUAGGUUUCCGCAGCAGUCGGCUCAAGCUCAGUGUCUGAAGAUGCUCCAGCAGCAGGUUCCCUUUCGAUUUUCAGUUCUGUCAAAUAUCUGGGCUUGAGGAAACGGAGACGCAAGUGAUAGACGUCAAGUCGUCGAAUCCGGACCUGGUGGCGGAAUGGAAACGACGCGUUCCGGAAGAAGUCGACAUCAUGGUGGCUGUGAUCAAACCGGACCGGAAAGCGGCCGACGGAGGCCUCGGAAUCUCUUUAGAAGGUUAGUUCCACAUGUGAAAUAGGAAUUAUCAAAAGUUGAAAAUGUACAUUUCAAAUAUAUUUUCAAAACUUUUUGCAUGGCGAGAUCAAAUAGCUCUCGUUGCCAUCAUGAAUUUGAUCUUUUCAAGCCUGAGCUACAUAAUCUUUCGAAAUUUUGUGGUUCUAUCGGUUCCACUGUUAGCUGGGACCAGAAAGAUGGUUUCAAAAAAUUGGCGGCUAGAAUCAAGUGAACCUCUUGAAUCUUCAAGGAAAAGUUUUUUUUGAACGUGUCAGAUUUUUGAUUGUAGCUCUAUUUUUUUUUCAUAUUAUUGAUUGGAGCUCUUACUCGCAAGAUUCAAAAAAUUUACAAUGUUGUUUGUUCUUUUUUGUUGUCAGAUAUUCGAAAAUCUCACAUCAGACUCUCAGGGAAUUUCGUUUUUGUAUGUUUCCCACUUACGGGCUCCCUUUGAAGGUACGGUGGACGUGGUGAACGGCCAUCAGUUGUGUCCUCACCACUACAUCGAGUCUAUCCGCGAGAACGGGCCGGUCGCCCAGUCAGGAGUGCUGCAGUCCGGCGACGAGCUUCUGCAGGUCAACCAUUCGCCUCUCUACGGCGAGUCUCACGUCACCGUUAGGCAAGCGUUGACUCGCGCCGUCCAUUCUGGAGCGCCCGUGACGCUGAUAGUCGCCAGGAGGUCUGUUUCCCAGAAAGACCUGGUCUAUAAUAGCCUUGCAGAACCCAACAUGUUAGCGUCUAUCAGCCGCGCACCGAAAAGUCCUUGCCGCUGUCUUACCCUCUGCUCACAUCGACUCAGGAAACACUAGUCAAGGUUCUUUUUUCUCUUAUUUCUCUCAUAGUGUUGAACAAGUUGAAGUUUCUAAAACAAGCAUAAAAAAUAAGAGCUUAUAUAUUCAAUAUCAAGGGAAAUAAUUUCAGUGUGUAUUUUGAUUAUUCUCAUAAGUUUACUCAACUGCUCUGUGAGUGUCUAGGUGACAAUUUCCCAUAGUCGGUAUCUGUGCAAACUUUCAGUUCGAAAAUAAGAUCGGAAAGAAACUUACAAAAGAAGUAAUUCCAUUUUAACUCUGCAAACUGCUCGAAUAUUCUCUAACGUAGCUAGAUAGGUUUAUUAACUUUCAAGUUUUGAUAUAUAUGUACCCUUUUAGGAUUAUUUCCUUUCAACGUUCCACCUGUUCGCACGGAAACUUCGAAAAAUUUCUAAUUUCAUAUUUUUCAGAUGAAUUUCAGAAAUCCUGCAAAAAAGUUUUUUUCCAUCGCUUUCUAUGAAGAUAUUUUCAGGCGAAGUCAGAAAUAGACAUGUCUUCGACAAGAGCGGAUACGACGCAACUUUUACAACAGGUAAAAAGUCAAAUUUUCCAUAGUUGAACUUUUUUUUCAGGUUUCGAAACGGUUACGUUCCCGUUCUUUGGAAAAUUUUAACGGGUUGGCUGUUUGGAACUGUGUUCCUUUGGUCAUCAACCUUGAGAAGGACGCUCGGGGAUUAGGAUUUUCAAUUGUCGAUUACCAGGUUCACUUCAGUCUUUUUUUAAAAUGAAUCGACCAAUUUUCAAUUUGAAAAAACCAUUUCCUUUUUUGUUUCUUGAGGAAAACGGGAGAAUCUGUUGCAAUUCGCUCGAUGGCUUGAAAUAUAGACUAUACUGUCUCCGAACCGUUUUCCCAACAGAAUUAGAGAUCAGAUAGAGAAAAGCUUCCUCAUGGAUUUUCUGACAGGAUCCGUCGCACAGCGGCGAGAGCGUGAUCGUGGUCCAGUCGCUGGUGCCCGGAGGCGUCGCUCAGGCCGACGGGCGGAUCGUUCCCGGAGACCGACUGCUCUUCGUCAACAACCACGACCUGUCCAACAGCAGGUCGUCCAUGUCCAUUCCCUCUCGCACAUCUUACUACUUUCAGUCUGGAAAGAGCCGUCGCCGUGCUGAAAGCCGCGCGAAUGGGUCGCGUUCGACUCGGAAUCGCCAAGCCUGUUCCAAUUGAUCAGGUCAGGAUUCCCCUUUUUCGUCUAUCAUUUCGAACAGUUGCGAUGUAGAAGGGGUCAACAAUCUAAAAAAAUGAAGUUUUAAAAAAAUCCUUUAAGUUUUUUUGAAGAACAACUUAUUUUUGAUAAUGGUAGACUUUUUUUGAAACAUCUUAACAUCAUAUUUAAGUCAUCUGAAAAUGAAAUAAUUAUUUAAUCAUUACAGGUGUUUGGAAUAUGAAAAUAAAGAUUAUUUCAAAGUUAGAUUUGUUUUUAAAUUUGGUAAAACGUAGAUAAUAGUUACAAUUGGAAUUUUAAUGAAUUUUCGAACAUGAAAGCUCCUUUUCUCCAAUUUUUUUUUUCUCCGAGGAAUUUCCUUUGAACUUGCAAAUUUUAAAUAAUCCAUCUCUGUUUAUUCUUUUUUUUCCAGAAGUGAAACAUGAAAAAAAUUGAACUGAAUAUACUGAAUAGAAGUGAGAAGACUUAUUUCGUCAAUCUUUCUUUGAUUCAGAUAUCUCCAACAGUUUUUUUAAAAGUUUUAUCCAGGUGUUCAUCAAAUUGCCGAAUUUUAGCCCUUUUCAAAAAAAAAAAACAGUUUAAAAAAAGAGGCCACAUUGGAAACUGAAUAAAUUGAUAAGUAAUUCAGCAUACACAUGAGCAUUUUUUAUCUAAAAAUACAUUCUUUCAUCGAAAUCCAAAAUUCUCGAGUGAGGCUGAAGAAAAUUAUGAUAAAAUUCACGUAAGUAAAAACUUGAAGCAAAGGACAAAUUGAAUAGACGGUUGCGGGCUAGUUUCGAGUCGAAAAAAACCCCCGUGUAAGUCUUCGGAGAGAGCAGAAAUCGAUGAGCGGAAAGAAAUGAGGACUGGGAGUAGAAGCAGCUUUUUAUGUGCGUGUGUUGUGUGGGUGAGCAUCCCGAAGAAACAUCAAAUCAGCCGGUCGACGUCCAACUCGGAUUCUUCACUCAAUCUGCCGCUUCUCCCGCCUUCUUUGUCCAACUUCGCGCUAUUAUCCUCAUUCCACUCAAUUAUUUCUGCUCCUUCUUUAAGGCUUUUUUUUUUGAUGGUUUUUGAAUGCUAUUUUGAUUUUUUCGAUUUCUUUCUUUCGAUUUUAAGGGAGAUGAUCCUACAAAGGCUCUCAAGGUGCUUCAUUUAUGUUUUUUCCUACUCCCUAGUGUUUCCUGAAUUAGGAAAAAAAAGCCUUUGAUGGAAAAAUUGGUGAAAGCGAGUAUUAUACAGGCAAAAUAAUCCUACCUUUAUGAUUUUCUCAAGUUCAGCAAUUUCAUAAUUUUUUCAUCCUAGUUUUCCUUAUUUCUCUGGUUAUAGGCUAAGAAUGUGAAUUUUCAAUCUGAAUAGUUAUGGUCUGUUUUCUGGGACGCGCAUAGGCGGAGUUGAUGAAUAUUUCAUAGCGAAGAGAAAUUUUCAGUAAUUUGUCUGAGCUUGAGGCUUGUUUAAAAAAAAUACCCUAUAGUGUAAGUAACGCCUUUUUUGAAAAUUAAGUUGUUUUUAGUUUACAGCUUAGGUGAGCCUUUGUUUUCGAAAAAGUGAUUUGAAAACUUCCAAUUGUAAAGCGACCCUACCUUGUUUGGUCUUUGAGGUCGGCUAAUAGUUUUAGUAGUAGUUUAGAAAGUGUUCGGGGGCGCCAGGACAAGUGCACCUGAAAAGGAGCCGUAUUUGGAGGCGUGUGGCUAUUUGCCAAAACAAGGAUUCGACGGAGGCGAGCCAUGAGCGAUUAAGAAUUGUGCGGCGAGUGGUUGCCACGUCUAAUUUCCGCCCGCCGUAGUGGAAGUCUGCCUGGACACGACGCUUUUUUCCGACUCUCCCCUUUGAGCCUUUUCAAUCCACCUUUAUUCUUAUAAUUCAUUGAUACUUCGUUUUUGUUCUUUUCUCCUAAAUGUUGUUGAAGUUAAUUUCAUUGCUCAUUUCCGUCGUUCCUCAGAUUUUCCCUUCUUGAACGAAGUUGGAGUCAGAUAGGGACAGAUAAUGAAUAAAGCUCAAUAAGGACAGGGAAAUAGUAUGCGAAUAGAAGAAAUUUAGACGUCUCUCUAGCAUUUUUCUAAGCUUGUGGUGAAUAUAGUAACAAUACAGAUUUGAAAUUAUAUUUUUGAGUUUUUCGUUUUUCUUGAAGUAUGAUUUCGAGCAACGCCUAAUAUUUUUAUUUAAAAAAAAAAAGAUUGAAGAUUUUGAAGAUUAAAAAGUAAAUUCAAUCUUUGAAACGGAAACUUGAAUAAUUUUUUUUUGGUUUGUUUGAGAAAGUCUGAAAUACGAUUUCUUUGAUCGCAGUUGUUGAAGAAAACAAAGUUCAUUUCCCAAAAGCUCAUAAUAUUUUUCUGACUAGGGAACUACUCGGACUCGGGUACACGGAUCGAGUUCAAACUUUAGUGGUUUAUAGACCCAAGUCAGAAUACUUGAAAACAAGAGAGAAUAUCUGCUAAACCCAAUAGAGAACUGAGAAAAAAUUAUAAGAAAAUGUGAAAAAUUAGGCCUGAAAAUUUCUAGAAUACUACUUUUUAACCUUAUUAUAUUUUUUUAAUACAAUCGUUUUGAAUGAUCCGGCUAUGAUAAACUCUAAAAAAAGUUUUUUUCCAGCCAAAAGAAGGAGGAAAACAAAAAAAUUUGAUAAUUUUUCAAGCCUAUUUAUUUUCAAAAAGUUAUUUUCAGAAGUCUAUGGGGUUUAGCAGAUAAUCUUUCUUGUUUCCAAGUACUUUUACCCGGGUCUAUAAGCCACCAAAGUUUCAACUCGAAACGCGUACCCGAGUCCGAGUAAAUCCCUAGUGAGCUGAUGUUUCCGGUAGGUGCUCCACUUUCUUGUAUCAGUUUAUUUAUUUCGUUUCGCCAGUCGUAUAAAAAGUGAUCCUGAUGGCUGUAUGUGGUCAAUCAGCAGGUAGAGCUUUCAUAGAGGAUAGUGAGCAUUUUUGGAGUUGACGGCUCUGUCGAAUGGCUUGCUAAAGAGAUGUGCCAUCAUGAGGCGUAUAAUCUCCGGCUCUCGGAAUCAUCAACUCGCGAGGUGUCGUCCCUUCCGCCCAUUCGCUUCUGCCUACGAAUCCUUUCCUGUCCGUCAAAUCCAAACAAAAACAAUCUUUUUAUUGUUUUUAGCAAGUGAAAAUGACUGAAUUAUUGAUUUGGCACGGAAGUCAAUAACAAAUUCAGGUAUUUGGUUGGCCAGAGGCCCCCUAUUCCCCAUGUAUGACUUCAUGGAAAAGAUAAAUAGCUAUUUUCGUGAGCUGUUUCAAACGUACCUGCAACGUUUUCUCAAAAGUUUCUUGAUGAAAUUGCAAGUCAUCUACUACAUUUUUUUCUUCCUUCCGGCAUUUCGUUUGAAUCUUUCUUUUCUAUAGCAACAGAAGAAAGCUGAGAAAAAAAUCGAAUUUUAAAAAAGCAAUUACAGCGAGAGGAGUUUUUUUUCAAAAUAUAUUUCGAUUAAUUGUUUUCAUUUUUUCCUCGGUAAUCAUUCUCUCAGAGCUGUGAGGUCCUCGCCAUCAUUCACGAGGGAAUCAUUAAACCGCCAAAUGUCCCUCUUGGCUUGAGCCUGACGAUAUAAUAGAGAAUUUGCUCGUCGCUGUCAUGAUAAAUUAUUCAUCGAGCCUCGUUUACCUCUGUUGUCGCCGAGCGUUGCGAAAAACCGCCGACGAUCGAGAUAAUUUGCAUCAAAUGAAAGACCAGCCCCCAUCUCAGCGGGUCUGACUACCAACUCUAUCGAUUACAACUUUCUACUUUUUGAAAAGACUUCUGAUUUUUUUCUAAUUUCAAGUUCAAAGCGCAUGAUCUAAAAUAAUUUUUAUCAUAGAAAUCAAGCAGAGUUUUGUUAUCAAUUUUGUUUUUCAUUCCAGUGUCGCGUGACGUCCCAUUCGCCACUGUAUUCGCGGAGCGAACGUCUUCUCGCUCGCGGCCGGAGCCCUCGAUCCCGUCGUCGUCAAGUUCGUUCUCAUUAGAUUGCUUAGGAGGAAGUUUGAGAGUAAUGAUAGAAAAUAUAAACUCCCUUCAACUUCUUUUCGCAAAAUACGCGUGUGCUAUUUGCCUUUCAGAACUUUUUAUUAUUAUAACAUGUCUUUAAUUCUUAGAGGAAGGCAUUCACUUCUUGCGAAAUAAAAAAAAAUUGAGCCAAAGUAAAGAAAAAAACAUUAACUCCUCGUAUUUCGGGAAAAUCAGAGCUAAAGUGUCGGUAGAUAAAAAGUCUCUGACAAGUGAAAAACCUAAAAUUUUGAACAGAAAUUCUAAGAAUUCUGCAGAAGAAACGUUGCCUAUGUUUCUCACAACGAAUUUUCCUAUACUUUUGUUUCUCAUGAAAAGCGUUUCGCAAAAGUUUUCAAAAUAUUCCUAUCGGGAAAGUUUUACGAUCGAAUUUCCAAUCGAAGGACCGUUCAUUUUUAUGCGAAAAAUUUCUAAGGAACUAGGUUUAUCAUCCGAGUGAAACUCACAAAUUACAAAAAUGAUUUUACUGCUUCCUACCUCUUCAUGUACGAUUUCAGCCGUCUGGCGUGACGUCAAGCCAAGAGACGGUCUGGAUCGGCACUUCCGAGCAGUAUCGUCGACUUCAUCCUCAGGUCCGUGUUAUAUCUUCUUUUCGGUCUUUUUUUGUUUCGUAAUUAUUUUCACUGAAGCGUUUUGCUUUGCCUCUACGCACGUUCCUAUACUUUGUUUCAGUUUGAGCUACUCAAAAAUUUGUACUCGUUUCAAUCAGUGUUUUUUUUCAUAAUUGAUUUCAACCCGUCUUCUGGAAAAAAAAGUACGAGGUUAGAUGCAUACGGCUAGUAAAAAAUGAGUUCUGAGGUUAUCUAAGGGCUAAAUGAUUGAUUUUUUUUUCUAUAUCGAUUCGAAGUAUACACAAUAUUGGAAGGCUCUAAAGUAGAAUUUCCAUCUCAAACUCAAAUUUUUACUAUUCGUAUGUCGUUAAAAGUAUUUUUGGGAAAUGACGUUUCAAGGAACUGAAAAAUUCUCCUAUAAUAUUCGUUUUCCUGUGGUGGAUCUAUGCUUUUGCUUCCCUUCAGGGUUACUAUCCGUCGCGCAGUCCGUCGUGUGCACGCAGCGAACGCAGCCUCGACGGCGUAUGUUUUUUCUUCUUUUUCCAGCCUUUUUCUUCCCUCUGGCUUUUUUGUUUUCUUCGUUUCACCCACCCUUUCAAUAAGGCUUCUUCUCCUCCUAAAAGGUCCAAUUCACUUUACUUCUCACGUCUGUUGGUUUUACAGUCGGAGUUGUCGAUGGCUUCAUGGUCGCCGUGCUCGACGAGGUCAAUCUCGCCCUGUGGCUCUCCGAUCUCUCUCAGGCAAUCUUUUUUUUUCAAGUCGUUUCCUAGAAGCUGAUGAUUUCUCUGCUUUUUGAAAUUAUCAUCAUUCAUCUAAGUUAAAUUAUUUAUCUCUUUUUUUAUGCUUUUGCGGAUGUGAGAAGCAGUUCGGCUGUUAACAGAAGUUCAGUCCCUUUUUUUGCCUGAUUUCCGGUCUAAAAUGUAAUACAUAUUCUUCCUCAUUCUCUCAAAAAAAAAAAUCAACCAAAAAGUAAUUUGAGAACUCUUUUUCAAUUCGACUCAUGGUCGAAGGAUGAAUUUCCUUUAUCACUCCGGUGAUAAUUUUGAGCGUUCCUUUUUUCGUUUUUACGCUGAUUCGACUUAUUUUUUUCAGAGGUUCCUGGGCCUACGAUGUCGUCUACCUGCCGAGCCACUUGGAGCGCAGCGUCAAGAUCCAAAAAGGCCCACUUCCUUUAGGUAAAUCUUUUUCCGUUUUUCAGUAAAUGGAACAAAGCGUUUCUCAAAAAUAGAUUUGUUUUCAGGAAUCGUUUUGGAUUCCGACAAAGACAAAGGCGUCAACGGGAGUGUCGUGAAAAGUAUCUGCGGGAAAAAAGCGGUUGCCUUGGAUGGAAGGAUACAGGUAUACUUUCUGUCGAUAGAGUACAUGUUUCCCAACGGUUUCUAAAUUUUAAAAUUUUAAUUACUCUUGUUUUUUUCGAUUUAUUUUUUUAUGAGUAUCCUUUGAGGUUGGAGACUACGUGGUAAAGAUCAACACGGAGUCGCUGCGCAACGCAACCAAUUCCCAGGCGCGUGCGGUCUUGAAGCGGACAAAUCUCAUCGGGACGCAAUGCAAGUCUGUUUUUUUCCCAUCCCAUUUUGUGCUGAAUACAGAAUGAGAACCUUUUUUUGCUCGUGAGUUUGGAACUUUUGCAGCGUCACCUACAUCACGUCGGCAGACGCGAAGACCUGGAAAGAGAGGUUCCACAGAGAUGUCGAGCCCCAGUCGCCAGUUGUCAACAGGCUUUCUCCAAAGUCUGUUUCACUUCUUUAUUUCUCUAUAUUUUUCUCCGAGAAAAGCUAACAUUUUUGGAUUGAUAUCCCCAUUCGUACCGACAUGCAACGAUAUUUUGCACUUCUUCAUAUUUCAUUGUAUUAGAAAAAGUGAUCUAAGAGAGAGUGCGCAGUAGACCAGUUUUUGAAGUUAGAAAUUUGAAAUAGUUUUUGAUAUUCAAUCUCGAAGAUUUCAAUUCAUUCAUUUUGUUCUUUCAGGCAUAGGUAUAAUCGACUAGGCGGUGAACAAGAACUUUAAAGCUAUAACGAACAACCGCCUUCGGCGAUCCAGAAGUCCUAGCGUGUAGUCGAAAGAGUUGAAAACAUGGUCUCACGGUCCUUCGCCUCGUUCUUUUGCGCGUAGUUCAUUCAGUUGCGCCUUGACGAGCUCAGAAUACAGUGGAUCUUGUAGCUGAAACCCGGAAACCGUGCUCUAGGUGGAGGUCUCGAACUGAGAGCGACCACUUCGAGUGAAGAUUUUAGACGGAAUAUAUCGAAUCCAAAGAAUCGCUUACUUUCAGUUUUUUAUAUUGAAAGAGAAAAACAUUACUGUGAAAAAAUCGAUUCACCAAAUGUUCUCAAAGCUUUUCAGUCUCCAAAAAAAAAGUUUGAUUUGACGUCCAGUCAUCUUAUCUUCUUAUCUUUCUGUGACUAAUUCUGAAUUGACGGAUUGAAUAUAAAUGAACGAAGACAACUCGAUUGCAGAGUUUUUCCCAAGUUCUACCGCUCUCCGUACUUGGGACGGCGGGAGUCGUUGCGAGACGCGACGGACGACGAAACCGAUGCUCCGUCGAUCGCCUCCGACCUCCAGUCGCAAAGUGUUGCCGAGCCGUCGACGUCAUCUCACGUCGAGUCCGGAGACGCUUCUGAAGACGUCGAGACCCGACGUCGACGCUUCGCCAAUCUCAUCGACGGCGCCGAAGUCGACACCUUCGUUCAGCGGAUCAUGAGGGUUAUUUUCAAGUUUAUUUGACCAAAUUCGAAUAUAUUGUAGCAGGAAAGGUGAAGAUGACGUAAAAAUUAGUAUGAAGUAGGUAAAGUGUUUUUUUUCAUUUCUUACAAUCGAUGGUUUUAAAUAUUAUAUUGGUGCCAAAGUUUUGAUACUGCUUCUGCAAAAAAAAAGUCUGAUUUCAUUUUAACGCCAUGGCGGUGGCAGCAAGAGACCGAUGUCAAAAAAAAAUUGUCAACAUAAUAUAAUUUUGGAACUAACUGAAUAAACUUGAAAUCGGAAUCACGUAGCCUUUAUCUAUGAAAACUUUCAGUUGCGAAGAUUUGAGACAAUGAAAAAGCAAUAUCCAUUGGUAGCAAAUUUUUUCUAGUUAACGGUAGUGAACUUCAAAGAAUAAAAAUUAGUUCCAUAGAUAAAUAUGAAAUAAACUCUCUUGUAAGACAUCGAAAAGUCAUUUUUUCUGAAAGUCGGGAGUUUUUGCAGGAGAAAAUAAGGAAAAUUUGCAUCUUUUUUCUCAAUCCCAUAAAUUCUCUGCUUGCUCGAUUUGAUUUUUUUUUUCAUUUCUUCGCAAUCCUCUUAUGGAUUCCUUUGAGGAAAAGCCGUUCGCCGGUCUUCAUCUUAUCUUUAUCCUCGUUUCUCGGUUGCUAGGCGGAGCGAGAAGAAAUAUAUGUCAUUCGUCUCCGUUUUCCCUCCUUUUUUCUGCCUUUUCAGUGUAAGAGCUGCCAACUUUAUGCCGGAGCGACGGAUUAUACAUUCUCGGCGAAUCAACCUUCAUUCCAUCCCACUUUAUACUUCUUUUCCGUUUCUGGCUGUUUUAGCUUUUUCAAGAUCUUCAGCCUGUUUUGGUGUUGAUCACUGUAAAGGUUGUGAAGAGUUCUCCAAAUGCAAUUCAACAAUAUUUUUUUUGGUUUGAAAUUAAGCUGUUGAAAAAAAUUUCCUUCUUUUUCAUGUUCAACCUGCUUCCGCUGAAAAUUUCGUACCCGUUUUCUUCUUUAUCUAUCUAAUUUGUCACCAUCCUUGUGUCCGUCACGGAAGAAAGUUUUUGAUGGGUUAUUCAAAGAAAGUUAUUCAUAAAAACAUCUUAGCAACUGAGAGAACUUUUUGUUAGUUGAAUGAAUUUCACUUGAUUGUUUCAUCUUAUAAGUUUUUACAGGAAGCCCUUAGAGACGCGAUUGUCGAGCUGUGCGUGAGCCAAAGGACGCCUGACUGGAAAUCUUCGAUCGCGUCAACCUCUUCGGAAGUCCUACCGCCGACGCCGACUCCGAGUCUAUCUGAACAGCCGGAAAAGGAAGAAGAAGUCGCUUCGACAUCUGAACAGACGCCUUCGAAUCCAGUCGAACUGAGAGAACCAAAGACACGACGAGAAUCCGAACCAGCGCCUUCCAACGCGACGUCGGCCGUGUCCCAGAACGCGUUCUCCUCGCCGACGCAUAUUCUGAGCACCGAGGAGGAAAUCGAAUUUUCUGCGCAGGUUUUCUUUGUUUAUUGUACGGUAUGCACAAAAAUCAAGUUUUGAAAAUAAGAUGGAAUCCUUCAGUGACUUUUUUGUGUGUGUAUUCAAAGAUGAAGCGCCAGAAAUUAAUGGAGAAUAUAGAACCAGAGAUUUUUCAGUUACGGUUCACAAUAAUAAACUAUGAGCUUAAAUUUUCUUGAUUUCAGAUUUUUUGAAUUCUCCAUUGUUGAGAAAUCCUUUUUGUACCUCAAUUGCGGAAAAUUUUAAACGCCCUUUUAAUUUUGUAGUAUAAAACCAUUUUUGUAGGAGAAGGAGGUAGAACAGGCAAUCGCAUCAACGAGCACCUUGAUAUCGAACGCCGGCGAAAAAGCUAAUGGCGACGUAGAGAAACCUGCGAACGAAGCGAUGAGUCGAGUGACAACGGCAAGUCGCACUCCGUCCGUCGGCUCCGACAGCUUCCAGCAGCAGGUCGAGCAGCUCAUAGACGUGCUUGAGAGACUCGAUUUUUGCAGGCGCGGCAACUGGCCAGGUCUAAGUAUUGGGGCGAGGCGAGGACUGUCGUCCUGCAUCGAGAACCCAACAAGUCUUUUGGUACAGCUUUCCCUUUUGAAGAACGUGUUGGAAUACACAUUUAAUAGAUGACAUAAACCUGAACGAUUCUGUUUCACACUUGGGAAAAUAUGACAUGGUUUGAACUAUUUAUAUGAGAAAGUUUGAAUUUUCUUCAGACAGCAAAGUGUUUCCUAAACAAAAAAUUAAUUUAUUUUCAAAGAGAUAGUCGCCUGUCCUUGGUUGUAAGUUACAAGUGGUAUAUAAAAUGUUUCAGGAAUAUCAAUAGUCGGCGGUCGCGUGGAAGUGUCUCAAAAAGGUGGUCUUCCGGGUACCGGCAACACUGUCUCGGGCAUUUUCAUCAAAAGCGUGUUGCCUAACAGUCCGGCGGGCAGAAGCGGUCAGAUGAACAUGGGAGAUCGCGUCAUCAGCGUCAGUGUCUUUUUUUCUCGAAUCUCCGUAUACCCUUGUAGAGCUGUUUUUCAGCCUCUCUUCUUCUCCAUUUAAUUUUUUUUUUGAGGAGAAAAAUCGAAAGCCAUAAACUUUAGAAGAAAAAAAAAAUUUUGGGAAUGAGGAUUAAUAUUUUCCAAAAAAGAAACGCUUGAAUUUCUCAUAUAAACCAUUUUCAGCGUCAUUUCUUGAUUUUUCCAGUCUUCUGAUUAGAAUUAUGCCAAAUUUUGUUUCGCAUCAACAUUUCACGAUGUUCAGGCCUAGCAUCAACAGAAAAAAGUAAAAAACAACAUUGUCUUGUCAAAAAAAAAAAAACUAGAGAAGUACUGCAUGAUUUUGAGCUGUCCGGAAAGAAAUUAUUUCCAGGUGAACGAUGUCGACUUGCGAGAAGCGACGCACGAACAAGCCGUAGCGGCUAUCAAAAACGCGACGAACCCUGUACGAUUCGUGCUGCAGUCGCUGCACACCAACCAACACCACAUGAUCAACUCGGCGUCCAACUCGACGGUCGGCUCUGUCCGCAUCGAAAACUCGAGGCAAGAAGAAAUCCCUGUCGUGAGCGCCGAAGCAGCAGUUCCUGUCGUUCCCAAGAAACCCCUCGUGACGCCUGUGUUGACUCCAGCGGCCCCCAGUGAGCCCCAACCUCAACCACAAGACCCUCCAGUCCAAGUCGAUCCUGUCGCAGCUCCGCUUCUCAAUAGAGACUCAUCAGAAACGGAAUUCCCGCCACCACCUCCCCAUCUCUCGUCGAAACUAGAAGAAUUCGAGGACAAACUGGAAGAACGGGCCGAGCUCAACGUGACGCCUGUUCCUGACGAGCUCACCUUCAGUCGAGAAGAUACUGUGAAACCUACAAGGCGUAGCCUGGAUAAUACUGAAAAAGAGAAACGCGAAAACUCAGAGAAACUACAGGAAAAACCAUCAGUGGAUGAAGAUGAACUGGCUAGAAACACUUUGUUGGAUAAGGAUGAUGAAUCGAAGCCAGUCGAAUCGCGAUUGGUCAAAACGCCGUCUGUUGAGAAAGAGCUGAAACGGAAAAGCUCCAAGUCGUCGGGAGAGCAGAAGUGCCAGAGAAGUGUCGAAAAACAGGACUCGACGAGCAGCAAGUCUAGCGCUAGGAGUUCCAAGAAAAAAGCAAAAGCAAAGGAGGUUUUGCCACCCCUUUCUCAAUUUUUGAAAUGCUGUAUUUAGAGUUCGUCUGGUCCGUUGAUUGUGUCUGACGUGAGCAGUACAGAGACAAGGGAUGACGAUGUUGGUUCAAAUUCUCCUGAAAAACGUUGAUUUUUGGGUUUAGCUGAUGUCGAACGAGGACGAAGUGGUAGAGCAUUGGGAAGCCUUGUCGAAGAUGGGCGUCGAACGGAUCUCGGCCGCCGCCUUGCCUCGAUCUCCUGAGGACAACGCUCCUCCCUCCAAGUUCUUCUACACUCCCGGUCAGUCUCUUUCCCCAAAAAAAGCUCUUUUCGGAUCGGAAAUCCAAAUCUCAGACCUCUUAUUGCAGACAAGUUGAAGCGCAAAUACGGCGGCGAGGACAACGAAGUGAUUUUGGUGGACUGCGAUCACGUCCCCGAGGCUGGACUGGGCAUUUCUUUGGCCGGCAACCGGUAAGAAUCUUUUAAGAUUGUUCGAGAAGAUGAUAAGAAAUUAGGAAAAAAGGACAAGGUCAGUGCCAAACUACUUUUAUAUAGAGAAAAAUUUUCGUUUCAAAACUUUUACCAUACUACUUUUUAAAUUUUCGAGUUUUUGUCAUUUGUUUUCCCCUUUACGCUUUCAAAAAUUUUUCGAUGUAUGGAAGGAACAAACUUCAAAAAAUAAAAUGUUCAUUGAGCACGCGGUUUUUAUCCAACGUUUCUUAACUUAUCAUGGUGAUUAAAAAUAGAAAAAAAUUUCGUAACUUCAUUUAUCAAAUAUAAAAAAAAAAAUUUAUUGAACUGCACUUUUUCUUCUUCUUCUUCUUACGCCUUUGUACCGCUUGAGCGGCGUCGGCGCCCCAAGUCGAUUAGCCGAGGUCCUAUCCUGAUGAUAAUCAGUGGACUGGCUCCAGUGACAUAUCCGUCCUUGUGUGUGACGGCUGGGGAUUUUGAAGUCGUGGUUUCCCACUACCAACAUUUCUUAAACUCCUUGGUUGGGUCGGGGCGGGGAUCGAACUUGUGACCCUGUGGACCGUAGACAGGCACACAAACUGUUGCGCUACGGCGCGCCCAUUGAACUGCACUUUUAACACAAGAUUCAAAGCCUUACAAAAAAAAAUUUCGCUUUUUGGCUUAUAGUCGAGUUAUCUCAGAGUUUGUAGGCUUUUCAAGUUUAUUAGAAUAAAAUGACGCCUAAAACAUCAGAGAUAUAAAAACUAUCGAAGCUCUGAAACUUGCGAAAAGCUGAAAUAAUUCAGGAAUCGGGACAAGCAGAGCGUUUUCGUGGUGAACGUCAGAGUCGCCUGUCCGCUGCCGAUUCGAGUCGGUGACGAGUUGCUGGAGGUCGGUUUUCCUCGAAGGAUUUCGGAGACGGAAAGAAUCUCAGGUGAACGGUCGGGUGCUCCAAGGGAUCUCGCACGUCUCCGCGUCUUCCGUCGUCAGAGAGUGCUGCGAGAAAAACGCUCCCAUCGAGAUCGUUCUUCGGCGCAGAGAUGGAGCCAUGGUCAGUCUUCAAUAUUCUUUAUCAAUAAUUUGUUCAGUUGACGAAAAAGACUUUCAUAGACAACUCCAUAGAUGUUUGGUAACUGAUAAUUGAAUUGAAGAAAACGAUAAAAAGCCUUUUCUGUGAAACAGGUCUGAUAUAUUUUAUUUUUUUUUGUGAAAUGGGUCUGAGUUCAGAAAGAACAUUAAACUUUACCUAAGUAAUAAAUUCUUCUUAUUUGUGGAAACUUUAAAACCGUGACUCAGGUUCUCUGUUAAUGAAAUUAUAUAUAUUUCGCUCAAUAACCAAGACAUUUUUUCUUAGAAAGAAAAAAAUGUCUUGAGAGAUGUAAUUGGCAAAAAUCAAAAAGUCUUUGAGAAAAAAUUUCAAAGAAAGAAAUAGGAUUUUUUUUUGGACGGCGAGAUCUGAUAAAUUCUCACUGAAGCUUUGAAGUCAUCGAAUUCAUUAAAGCAGUUAUUAAAGCUUUGAGUUUUCAGUCACGAAAAGAAAAAUUUAGGUCACAGAUAAGUUAGAGCUCUUUCUUGAUUUUUUACGUUAUAAUAACUUUUUUUUCCGACAAAAUCAAAAAGCUGACUUGACCAACAGUAUUGAAAAGCUGUGCUGUUGGCGACGCGAUAAUUGCGGAUAAUUGGAUUUGAGAAGUGGUUGCAGGACGACUGCGCCGUGCGCAACGACGAGCUCGCAUCGACGUCAUCGGCGUCGACGUCGUCGCCUCACCAAAAGGUUCUCUUUUUGUUCUCGAUUCUCUCAGAAAUCGCCCCUUCUUUUUCCUUUUAUCGGUUUUUCCAAGUUGCAAAAUUUCCCACGUUUUGCUUUUUUCUCUCAUCAGCGACUCCUCCACAGGUACUCAAGAAAAAAUAUCACGCACAUAUUUAUUUUUCUCACCUUGAGUAAUGCAUAGAAUAUUCACUACAAUUGACCAUAAAAGUAUCUCGCGUUUUUUUUAAAUCUUUCUUUUUUUUUUUAAAUUUUAAUUUGACAUCAUUCAUCGCUUUACAAUGGUCAAUUUGCUUUUAAGUUUAUUAUUUUUUUUUUUGAGUUUGGCUCGGAUUCUGUUCGAGGUUCCUACAUUUUUGGAAUAUAUAGGAGCAGGAAACGAAAUUUUUUCGAUAUAGAUAUGCUUCAGUUGUCGAAGCAAAUGAGCGAUAUCUCUUCAAUGCCAAGUCGUUUCUCUAAUGCAUAUUUAAUAUAAAUUAUGACGCUGUUUCCAAGAAAAAAAAAACUAUGAAAAUAUUAAUUAGCGUCCUGAAAGAGGUCGCACGAACUUCUUAAUGUAAAUCGACUCGACCUACGGUUUUUUUCACUUUUUUUUUCAUGCCCUAAAGUUGUUAGAAUUUCGUGGCUCGAAGGUUGCGAUAGGCUUCGUGUAGAUAAUUGAAAGUAUGAAGUGGGCUAACGCUCACCGGCGCUCAUAAUUCUGUGCUUGUCUAAUUGUGGUGGCUGGGCGGCAAAUUGGCGUGUAGAUGACUAGGAGGCGGUUAUCCACAUUCUUCCCUCCUUUCUCUGCUCAUUUCUGCUUUCUCUGAGCAAAAACAUCUUUUAAUUUUUUUUUAUUGAUUUCAUAACAUUUUUCAAGUUUCGUGAUAUGUAAUGACUUCUAUUAGGUCUUGGAUAGUGCCCCAGUUUUUAUUUGGAUUCAAUCUACCGCUAUUGCUAUUAAUUGUAUUUUUUUAAAUACGUCCUUUUUCCUAUUAAACAAGGUGAAGCAAAAAAAAAAUGAACAGUCCUGUCAAGCUUUCCAAGUCGUAGCGAACGAGGUAUGUGAAGAUUUUCAAUCAACCAACAUUAAGUGAGUAAGAUUGAACUUCGAGAUUAUUGAGAACGUCUCUAAUAAGAAGAAAUUGAUUUUUCAAUCUCUUUAUAGCUAAAAAUCUUACUAUUCUGAGAAUCAUUUCUAUAAGAAUCGAAAAAGGUUUCAUGAGGAUGUUUUGUUUGAGUUUGAAGCGGAAAAAGCGCGAAUGAACAUUAUAAGACAAAAACUCAGUUAACUGCUCUGUAGAAGAUGGAGAGGUGUUUUUUUUUUUUGAAGGAGAACUUUGCGCAAGUUGAGUGAGGAGCUCAAAACAAGUGCAGGCUCUCGGCGCAGAAGGCGGAGCCACGCACCGCCUGGGGCUCUCGUCGUCUCCUUUUUGGGCCAACCGAAAACUGAGGCGGCGGCAAAAGGAGAAGAAGGCGGCCGCGAAGGUUUUACGUGUGCGUGUCUGCGCCACACGUCUAGAGCCGCCGCCUCAAGCACAUUUAAUUUUUUAAGUCAAUUGUUUUUCUCUCUCACUACUUUUGAAACAAACUCCGAAAGCUCAGGAUUUCCCUUUUUGUUCCAGUAGAAAAACGUGAAAAAAAAAAGAAAAGGGACAUUUUUUGCAGUGUAGUUCAUUCUCAGCGAAAAAGUCAUGGGAAACUCUUUGACGAAAAAAAAACUUCUGUUCUUUUUUGUUUGAAUGGGUCUCAAAACAGUUUCUUCAGCUUUGCAACGCUUUUGUGAAGCUCAAAAACGAUGAAAAGACAGAACGUGCAUAAAAAUUCGUGUUUAAUAUAGUUUCCUCUCUCGCAUUUAUUCAAAAAUCUCAUCUUCAGCCUGUUCCGUGUUUUGAACAUAUGAGCAAAGCGAUAAUCUAGUUACAUUGAGAUUUGAAAAGGGAAGAUUCUAUUAUUUUAUUUCUCCUUCGAUUUUAUUUCAUCACAAUUGAAAAGGAAGCAGUUAGAAAGCUCGAGGCCGCCCAAUAUUUUUCAUUUAUUGCCUUUCUUUUUCGCUUGCAUACUAAUAACUACGGGGAUGAAAAAGGAAAAAUGGCGAUAUUUGAGCAAAUAUACUCAUUUCUCUCUUUCUUUCAUUCUCAGUUCGUCUCUAACAAGAAAUCCCCAGGGGUAAAUACUCAUCUUUACUGCAGCCGCUUUCAAAAAUAAAACGAAAUGGGUGGAUUAGCAUGUUGAGAUCGGAAACUCGACAAAAAUUCAUUCUUCACCAAAAUAAAAAAAGAAAAGAAAAGCCGGCCUCUCUCUACACAGUUGUACUACACUUCUAAGCAUCUGUAAAACAUUUCUUUUUAUUCUCUCUCGUCUCAAAUUGAAGCGAAUACAUUUCUCAUUUUGAACAUCACUUUGUAUCCCACACCUUACUCACUGCCGAAGGUUUCUCCAACGACGGUUUUAUCUUCUUUUUUCAUCCUCUUGUUUUUCAUUUUCUGUUUUUGUUCUGCAUUGUAUGUGACCAUGCAGACACCUUCUCUGUCGUAUCAAUCAUUUAUAGACACGAACAGCCCUCUUUUAGGAUUCAUCGUUCGCAAGUUUGCCUGAGCUCUUUUUCUUUUUUUUUUUGGUUUCUAAGUUUAUUGAACUUUAGUUCAAUUUCAAGACGCGCGGACAUUCUUCAUUUGUUUUUUCGGACUAAAUUUAGGGUUGUAUCGCUUUAUAUUUUUCCAUACCAUGAACACACCGAGACCUGAGAUUGGUGAAGAACUCUUGCCAAAUGUGUGGCGGAAAGACGGCCGCCAGGCUUUCUGUUCCUUUUCAUUAACUUUUUUUGUGUUUGCUUCAGCGGACGCACUCCUUCAGAGCCUCAAAAGCCUAAAGAUUUUUAUCCGCUCAUUCAUUGUUUUUCAGGAGCCCAUGGUCGAAGAGUCGUCGACGUCUUCUGCGACCCUUCCAAAUCCCGAAGGUUGUUUUUUUUUCUCAUUUAUCGAGCCUUUCGAGACUUUAUCCCGGUGUGAAGUGUCAUUUUAUAUCAAUCUUGUCUCUGUCUCUCUCAGAUUAUCUUUUCUUUUGAGUGCAUUUCGCAUUUUUGGAUCAAAAAUCAACCACGCAUAGCUCCAUUAUUCAUGAUUGAGAACUUGAAAGGAAGAAAGUCUGACGUUUCGCUAAGAAGUUCGAUAGUAUUUUUCAAAUUCCCUAUAAACGAUUUUAAAGUAUGAAAUUCAUCACAAAUAUUCACCUAUUUCUGCUUUUUAGGUCAUAUUGUCAUGAUACAGUAUCCUAUUCUUUUUUUGUUCUUUUUACCGCGAUAUUCUAAUAUAUCAACAUUUUCCUGUCUCAGUAGACAAUAUCAAGUAGCCAGUUUCCUUACUCGUCUUGUCAUUUCAAAUCUCCAUAAAAAACAAACUGCUGUCUCUGAUCAUUCCUCAAGAAGAAUCCAAGCUGACUUACAAAUCAGAAACGAAAUCUGUAGUUUAGAAAUCGGUACAGUACUAAGAGUAAAAAAUGAAGUGCGAAUUUGAGCUCGAGAGAGUGUGCGCGGUGCUUGCAAUUCGCUUCAUUAGCGAGGCAGGCCAGACGCGAUUCGAGGCAGCGAUCGACUCGCCCGAGUGCCUCUUGGCUCGCAAAAACGUCGAGAAGAAUGAAAGAAGUUGGCUAAAUGAAGUUGAUGACACUCCACGUCAAACCCAAAGCCACAUCUCAAACCUUUUUUCGCGUCAGAGAAUCGUUGAAGAAAAAACAUUCAAAAUCACAUUUCUUAAAAAAGUUUUCCGAAUUUAAAAUCGAAUCAUGCUUUCAGUGACAUGAAAUUGUUGAACAACGCAUUUGCUUUUCCUUCUCAAAUCAAUUGGAGGUUAAUCGAUUUCUUUGCGUGCUAGACACAUUAUUAAUUUUUGCAGAUUUUCACUCAAAAAAUUGAAAAUUUUCAUGGAAUUUAUUACAAAGGAAACAUUUAUGACAGAUUUGAAUUUUGCGUUCAGCUUAGUGAAUUUUUUUGAUAGUUUUUGGGAGUUCGCUGGAAAAUUUUAUGGACGCCGUCGCCUUUUCCAAAUUUUUUGUGGACUAAAGGAUAUUUCUAGUAUGAUUGAUUUUUGCAAUUAGAAUCCGACGAAAAAACUGUUUUUGAAAGUAAAUUCACAUGUUCUCUUGUUGUUUUUUCCGACUGCCGAAGCUCUGGAAGAAAAGCCGUAUGUUUGACUACACUUAGGCUUCCAGUUACGAGUCCUCCUGUCUUCCUUGAUUUCUUCACUAAUUAGGGACUCUCGAAAGUCGAUUGACAUGCGUUGGCAACACUUUUGAUGAUUUACUGCCUGUUUGCAGCUUCGCGUAAAAAGUCGGUGAGCAUCGACCGAACCGCCAUCGACACCGGCAAGGAGACGUUGAUCGAAAUCGACAAGGUGAGAGACAAAUUCUCUGAGACGUUCAGAGGAAGAUUCAGGAUGGCAAGGGACUUGGUCUUUCAAUCGUCGGCGGCUCAGACACUGUUCUCGGCACCGUCGUCAUCCACGAAGUCUAUCCGGAUGGCGCCGCCGCCCACGACGGCCGUCUGAAGCCGGGCGACCAGGUUCUCGAAGUCAACAACGUCUCCUUGCGAGGAGUCACACACGACCAGGCCAUCUCAGCCCUCAGAAGAACCCCGCCGAAGGUACUGUCUUUUCCUCCACAUUCUCGCUUGUUUUUUUGUCUCUCAGUUUGCUACAGGAUUAAUUUACGUUUUUUUUUUUGACGAUGUUGUGAUUCACCUUAUUCACAUGUUAUAAAUUAGUUUAAUGGAGGCAUUUUCGACUUUUUUUUGAGUGAAGGAAAGUAAACGUAUUGAUGGAGUAAGACCGUUAUUUCAGUAAGUUUUGGGGAAUUUACGAAAACGAAAUACAAUGUAAAUUAUUUUGCGAUUAACUUUGACCAUUUUGAUUUACAUAGAACAAUUCUUUUUCAAUAAAGUUCAUUUUAGUUUUCUUUCGAAUUGAAAAAUAUAUCGAAAUGAAAUCAGGAUUGACGAUAAGCUUCGAAGAAAAAAAUUUUUUUUGAAAAUCUGUUAAUUUUGUUUCUUUCAUUCACAAAGACAGCGGAUAUUUCUCUUAUUUUUCAUUUGUGCAAUGAUUUCGAAAGAUUUAUCUAAAAAGUUAUAAUUAAGUAUCAAAAAAAGAAACUGAAAUGCUGAUUCAUGAUGUAGCAAAUAUUGACGAAAAAAAGUGGAAACUUUGAGAAAAAAGUAAAAAAAAAAUCGAGCACGAAGUUAUUUUUUUUUUUGCGUUUUAGGCGUGUGUUUUGAUUUUUUUCCGUACAAUCUUCAAGACUCAAAAAUAUAAUGCAUUGGAUUAUUAUAUUUUCAGUUUUAAAAACGAUCCUUAGAAAUUUCUUCUUUUUUUGAUCGCAGUUUUGAAGCUAUGGUAAAAGGGGUAACAUGAAAAGUGAAUAAUUUAUAUUUAGAGUUGCGUGUUUCGGCAAAUUUUCUUCUGAUCUACUUUUUGUGUUGAUAACCAGGUUUUUUUUCAUUAAAAAAAAUGCUUUUCUUUCUCAUUACUAGCUGAUUUUUCACGAUAACCGAGGCUUAUCUUCAGGUGCGAUUGUUAAUUUACCGCGAUGUCAAUCUCCAAUUGAGUCUUCUCGACCCCACGCAAAUCUACAACAUUUUCGAAGUCGAACUUCAAAAGAAGCCUGGCCGCGGCUUGGGUCUAAGCAUUGGUAAUAUUUUUAUAAUAUGCUUCUGAGCAACAUUUUUUUUUGAACGACUAGAAAAAAGAAAUAAUUUUUAGAAAAAAAUGAAUUGCAUGCUUUGGUUCAUCAGCCUACAAUGGUACAGCUUUUGCAGUUGGUCGGAAGAACGAACCUGGAGUCUACGUGAGCGAGAUCGUCAGGGGAGGAACGGCAGAGGCGGACGGUCGCCUCAUGACUGGAGACCAGGUUUGAUUAGUACUCGGGAAAAUAAUGGUUCUAUUUGAUAGUAUGAGUCAUUCAGUUGUUCAUAAUACUUGAUAUGACACGAUACAUUUUUCAAAAGUAAGGCUUGGAUUUCCAAGUUUUCAGCUUUUAAAAGUUCAUGAUUGUCAUUUUUUAACUUCAACUAUGAAAUUGCGAGAAACUUCUCUCCUAUGCGUGAGUAGCGUUUCGCAACAAACAAAUUUUUGUCAACCCGUUUUGCAACUUGACUGGCAAUGAGGCCCGAGUCUAAAUUAAAAAAAUAAUUUUCGAAAAAAACCAUCGAAUUAAAAAAAGUUCUGACAAUAAUAAUUAUUUCCGACCCCCCAUGCUCGAAUGAGGAAUGAAAAAUAGCAGAGCUGUUGAGCAGACCGGGGCGCCCCGGGACGACCGCAACGCGCUCCAUGGCGCCCCGCCCUGCGAAGCGGUCACACUCUUAGGAGAAUUCUCCACAGCUACUCAAUGAUAUAAAUGAAUUUCCAUUUUCUUCGAUCAAUAGAUUUAUUUAUUAGUCGUUACUCUGCGCAUUUUUCCACUUAUACUUCAUUUCAACUUAUCUACUCAGCGGAGCGGGGCGGCAGCACUGAAAAAUUGAAAUGUGAGCUUUUUGAAGAUUCUGGCGGUGAACGGCCAAGACGUUGCCAAUUGCAUGCAGGAGGACGUAGCCGCGAUGCUCAAGACCUGCACCGGAAAAGUUCAUCUCAAGGUUACCUUGUCUUUUUAUGGAAAUCCGCUGAAGAACCAUUCAUUCUUGUAAGAGCAUUAAGAUAAAUUUCCAAAAACUUUUUGUCUCUUUCUAUUUUUUCUUUUUGACAAUGACUCACUGUUUAAACAGAAACCCUUAAAUUUUAUUGAGGUACUUAGCUUUACAAGCUAAAAUUUAUUUUACUUGUCGCACAGUUCAUUUUGCUGAAAUGAGUUUUAAAAGCUCAACAGAAUGUAAAAAGAAGAGCUUUAGGAAUUAUUUACUUGCAAUCGUUGAUUUCUUCAUCAUUGAAUACGGUCUUUGGUGCGAAGAGAGAAUUCUUGAAUGCAGGUGGGCCGAUGGAAGAUCACAGAGACAGCGAAUCGCGUCCACGCAGCCGCCGAAGCCGCCUCCCUGGCAAAGAGCUGUACGACGCCGCGGGUCAGUCGCAAGGUUCGUUCACGAUCGCCCAAAAAGUUAAAAGUUCUGACGAUCAACGGUCGGCCGCAUGUCAAAUCUCUGUUAGAAUUUUUUUUCAUUUAGUUUUUUUUGCUAUCCUUUUUUGUAACGACACCAACGCGCCUUUUAUCCGAUUGAACGAUUUGUUUGUUUUUUUGGGCUGAUUGUGCACGUGCUUUCCACUUUUAUCAUUAAAUAAUUUAUAUUUUUUUGCAUUUGAUCAGUUCAGCUUUGCAGAUUUCUGUAGACACUUUGCAUACAUUUUCAAGUUUACUCAUUUUCGCCUUCGUUUGUUAGCAGUGAAGUCUAUUAACAAAUCUCGAAAACUAGCAUAUUUCUUCUGUUUAAAUAGAGAUCUCUAUAACAGCAAUUUUGAACUAACAGUAGCGGUCAGAAAAAUAUUUCAAUCGUGUUGUUCAUUUAUAUCGUUAAACAAUUGUGGAAUUUUGAAGAGAGCUCGAGAAAAGAUAAUUGAGAAAUUCGGCAACAGUUUUUGAAGUGAGAUGGUUGCAUUUUUUUUUUCCUUUUUGAGCUAGGACUCUCAUUUUUGGUCUCAGAGGGUGCAAUCCUGUUAAAACUCACAACUUUGAACGAAAGUAGGAAAAAAAAUUCAAAAUGUUUUUUUCAAUGCUAACUUACUGACAAAGCAGAGUGGAUAGGGAACAUAUCUGAAAAACAUAAUGGAAAAUCUAGGAAAUUUUCUUCUGGGAGGUCCUACUUAAGCAGCUGUCCUUUCUUUUUUAGAAAAAGUUCCCUACAGGUAGAAGACACAUCGCAACCGCCUGCAACAUGUAGUACAGCCGCGCCGAAAGUUGAAGAAAAGAGGGAAGUUCCUCCGCCAGCACCGCCGAUGCGGCCGAUCAUCACGCACACGUCUCCAGACGGCGAGGCGGCCCCUGUCGACGAAGUCGGACUUUCUCCUGUGACAGAGGAGCCGAGCAGCGGCGGCGACUUGGUCUCAGUGUCCGCUCCUUCGUCCGAGCAAUCCGUGUCCUUUCAGAGCAGCGAACUUCAUCGGAGCAUCCACGAAGAGGAAAAAGAGAAGGAACGACCCCACAACAACAAUUCGCUCGCCAUUGACAUUCUACACGACCUCAAAGAGGAAGGCAGCGAGACGUUACUCGUCGAGCUUAGAAAGGUAUCAUUCCAAAAAUUAUUCGAAUAUUAUUUUUUGCAGUUUUUUUUAUUGCAUACUUGACAGCUUUUCCCACAGGAGUAUAAUUCUGAAGACUCAUUGGAACUGAGAUUUCCUUACUAAAAGUUCGCAUUAAACUUAAGAAGUCGCUAUUUUUACUAAUAAAACGACAGGCAGGCUUGGAAAUUAUUUGUUAAUGACAGGUAGCCGACCAACAACUGGGAAUGGGUAUCGGUAAAAGGACGCGUGGGAUAUUGGUGACUUCUCUGCAGCCAGGGUCAACGGCAGCGGAGAAGCUUCGCGUUGGCGACAGAAUCAUGGCCGUCAACGCGUUACCUGUCAGCGACCAGGUUCCAUUCUCAUUGGCCUAACCCUCACACCAACAAUAAGUUCAGUUGUCGGCCGUCACGUUCGUCAAGGCCAGCGGUGAGCGGCUUUUCCUUCAAAUAGCACGACCGCGGCUCUCUCCGUCAUGA